AUGGAAAUAGAUCGAAGCGAGUCAAAAUUCCAAAACGACCGUUUACAAAACAUUUUUGAAAGAUUAUCACAAUGUAAGUUUGUUUUAGAAAACGAAAGAGAAGAACUAAAAAAAUUACGAGUUGUUAAUUCAAAAUUAGAGGUGGAAAUAAAAGAAGCAGGAGAACUAGAGAAGUCGCAUCGAUAUCACUUACAAACAUCUCGUGAAAUGAUUGAGAAUCUCCAAGAAACUGUAUCGCAAUUAAUGUAUUUAAAGAGAGAUGUAAAAAAAUUGAAAGAUGAGUUGGCUGGCAAAGAUUUAAUUAUUUCUAAAAUUGAAAAGGAAAAAGCAACAAUAUUACAAGAUCAAAGAACAAGAGAAUACGAAGUACGAAACGCUCAUGAGAAAAACAUCGAAGAUUUAAAACUUGUAUAUGAGAAAAAAGUUCAACAGAUCCAAAAUGAAUCGGACACGCAAAUAGCUCAGUUCACAUGUGUCAUUGAAGAAUUGAGAAGCAAAAUAAAAGAGAUGGAAGCAGAGCACAGAGACAAGAUGAACGUAGUAGUUUUAGAGUACGAGGAGAAGAUACAGCGUGACGCAGCUCAGAUAACGCAACUCCAAGAACAACUGGCACGUCAAGCAGCUCGCACCGAUUCUAAUAUCGAUGCAUACAGACGGCGAUUAGAAGAAUUGGAGGAAAAACUGAAACAGAACCACUUCAAACAAUACCUAGCACACAACGCUUAUACAUCCCAAUAUGAAAAUCAAGUGGAACGGCCUUAUUCUGUGAAUCAGGAUCCGUAUCCUGAAGCUUGUCCAAUAGCUUCUAUAGACAAGGAUAUUUAUGAAGGGAAUAAAGGAAACUACAAUCUUCCCGCUAGCCAAAAUAAACCAAAACCUGGGAAUACAUUACAAGUAAUGUACUAUGGAAAUAAACCUCCGUCAAGAAUUAAUGAAAAGAAAGGACAGUUUAAUAUAACUAAAAAGCGGAAACUCUACAACGACAAAGACUUUCAAGAUUUCUAA